AUAUAAUCCUCCUCCUCCCCUUCACCCAUAAUCCCUAAUUUAGCGAUAGGAAAAAGUGUUGCCAUGUCACCGGAACGUUCAUCGUCUUCGUCGCAAUACACCUACUCGUCGUCGGCAUCUACUUCAUCGUUGUCCGCAGCAGCUACCGUAUCGUCGUCGGCAUCUACUUCAUCUUUGUCGUCGCAAUACACCUACUCCAACGGCACAUACUUUCCGGCACAAAUUCAUCUCCAACAACAGCCUCCUCCUCCCUACAUAGGUGCUGCUCCUCCGCCCGUACAGCUACCUUAUCCUUCCGUCUAUCCAGCAAUUGCUGCUACUCCAGGCGUUUACACUUUACCUCAGUUUCAACAAGCUCAACAGUUAUUCCAUAGAGAUGCGCAAACAAUCACACCUGAAGCACUUGAAAAUGUGAAGGCUGCACUUGCGAGCAGCGAAACUGAGCAUAGAGCUAAGGCCAAGAAGAGAGGUGUACCUCGUAAAGCAGCAGGAAAAUGUUGGAAAGAUCCUACCCUGGCACAGUGGCCAUUGAAUGAUUAUCGUCUAUUCUGUGGUGAUCUUGGGAAUGAGGUGAAUGAGGAUGUUUUAUCAAAAGCCUUUUCAAAGUUUCCAUCCUUUAACAUGGCUAAGGUUCUGAGAGACAAGCGGACUGGUAAGACCAAAGGAUUUGGAUUUGUAAGUUUUUCCAGCCCAUUAGACUUUGCUGCGGCACUUAAAGGAAUGAAUGGGAAGUAUGUUGGAAAUCGCCCGAUUAAACUAUGCAAGAGUAAUUGGCAAGAGAGGAAUGACAAUGAAGCUCAGAAACACACAAGAACCAAUCACAUAAGAAGCCGACGCUAGCAAAGAAAGGAUAUUACAAGUGAGCACCUACCAUGAUAAUGACUCAAGCAGCAACAUACUUUACUGUACGAAAGAUGAUUUAGUUUUAAAAUUUAGUUGGUGGUUGGUUCCCUUGCAAUCCGUUUUGGGAUUUAUUUUACACCAUUCAUUUUUGCGAAAAUCGUGUUUUGACAAAAUAAAUCAUCUAAGCUGCUAUCGUAUCAUGUCUGGUCUAAUAUGCUCAUGAAGUAUAAAUACAUUAAGCUUAAAAAUU